UCAUCAAAACCCUAGUUUCAGUUUUUCUUACAGUAAGCGUCAGAUUAAGAUAUGGCUGAUUCAGGAGAAAGCAGAAUUGUCUUUGUAAAGACAAGUAUUGAUACUCGUCUGGGGCUUCUCCUUGUCAGUGAUGAUAGUGUAUCUGCUUUCAAAGACAAAAUCUGCAAGGAACAUGAACAGUGUUUCCCAAGUGUUGGAAAAAUCACAAUUUCUUCUGCCUUGAAGGUGAACUUGGGUGGUAACGAUUAUCACUUGUCCGAUUCAAUGAUUUUGAAAAAGGCUCUUCAAGGCCUCAGUAACAACAACUGGUUUCUAUCUGUCGACGUCAUGCAUGUCGAAGAGAAGGGUGAGCUGCAGAUUGGUGAAGUUGCUUUAGCAAACCAUGAUUUGCAUGUUACGAAGAACAAUGAUCCGAGUGAAGUAGUUGAGAAGAAAACGAGGAAGAGAAAACCAAAGAGUUCUGACAAAAGUAGUAAGAAACCCUCCGUAGAGACACCAACAGAAGCUAAAGAUGUUGAAAGCGGUGAAGGAAAUGUCACUACAAUGGGAGAGAAUCAGCAUGCAGACCAAGAGGAGCUUGUAGAUGGUCAUGCCAAUGGUGUUGAGGCCAAUCUUGAUCUUAAGGGGACAAUGCAACAAGACCUUCAAAAGGAGGUUCCAAAUGCUGAUUUAGUCAUGAUUGACGAAGACAAGGAUCUUGAGAAAGAUAAUCUUUUAACUGAAUUAAACCAAACUACUGAUGAUCCUGAGAACCAUGGGCUCACAGUCAUAGAUCCUAUUAAUGCUACUUGUCAAGCAAUUGAAAACUACGAAACUGAGAUGGGUACCAAGGAAGAAGAAGGUGAUGAGGAGGCUAAAUCUGAGAAGCCUAAGAAGAAAAAAAGAGCAAGGAAAGACAAGAAUCUGGCUAAAGAAGAUGGUCUAGUUGCUUCUGGCUCAAGGUACGCAGAGGAGAAUGUUGAAAAAGCUGCGAAGAAGCCAAGGAAGAAAUCGAAGAAACAAGAGUCUUCGAACGUUGUGGAGGAGGAUGCUUAAGGAUUGUCUACUAUGACUUAUCAGGAUCAUUGAUCGCUUCUUAGUUGUUACUCUGCUUAUUAUCUCUUCUUUUUUGAACUUUUGGUUUUGGCUUUGCUUCUUAAACAUUUGAAUAUUUGAUGCUUUAUGUUUUUCCCGGUUUAAGCAACUUUUUUAUCCUAUCUAUUAGUUUAUCUUAUUUUGAACUUUUGAAGCAUGAUUUUUAUGUAGAAAUAACUUCUAAACAUUCCAUUCCACACCAUCUGCAAACUACGUAAUAAACAUAAUUUUGUAGA